UAUUACGCGCACAAUUAACAUUUGAAAAGAUAAGACGUUGAUCCGACCAAUUUUUUGUUUAAAAUUUCCACAAUAUUCCCAUUAACUCGUUUCUUAUUGAAGUCGGAUUUUAUAGGGGCGAUGUAACAGUUGAAAAUGUUUCACUGUAUAAAUUAAAGCACAAAUCAUAUUCAACUUAUUGACUGUUUGUGUCGUAAUUACUACGCUUGGAUAGAUGGGUUGAUUUCUAUUUAACAUAGUACGUUAGUUGAGAAAACACAAUGAAUCAAUAUGUUUGAAGGUCAAAAUAUUCAUUUGUCACCUAUUGAUGGGAAAAAACUUUGCAGUUUUAGUAAGAAACUUUGUAAGCAGCGUCGUUUAAAUGGAUAUGCAUUUUGUGUGCGACAUAUUUUAGAAGACAGCAAAGCGCCAUUUAAGCAAUGUGUAUAUAAAACAAAAACUAAUGGAGAGCGUUGCAUUAACUCUGUUCCUAUUGCUCUUGAUAGAGUAUAUUGUAUGAAUCAUCUGCAAGUACUUGGUUUGGCACCUAAAAAACCAAUUACAAAACCUGUUAUAAAACCUGCUAUCCCUACUUGCAAUAAAAAAAAACCCACAGAGUCCUCUAAAAACUUUAGUCUCUCACAAGAAAAACACACAGACAAAAUGAAUAGCAUCAUACAUCCUAAUCGUAAAACUGUAAUUAAAGUAGGAAAAAAAUUUAAUAAAUCCAAAAUAAAAGACACCGAAGCUGUUAAUAAAAUUAAUAAUGCAUCAUAUAAAAUAGAUAUUUGGAGAGACACUUUAAAUAAAGAAGCACACGCUAUUAUUUUAGAUUAUGUUAAAUCUUGUAAUACAAAAAUUUUGGAGAGCGAUGAUAUGGGAUUUCAUUCCAUUAAAGACUCAUCUGAUUGUGCACUUGAACCUAAUAUAUUUCAACAAGAAUUAUUGUUUACAAAAGACAAAGUCUAUCAUAACACGCUAGUAUCAGAUAAUCUAUCUGUCCAAGAAGAAAAACUUCUACAAAAACUUAAACAUCAAUACAAUCAACUAAAAAAAGUGAUUAUUUCUAAAAAUGAAAAUUUAUCAUACGCCAAGUUAUCUAAAUUGAUUUUGGCAGCAAGAUCUGAUGUAGUACAACUUGCGAAUGUUCUAAACACAGAAGAUCGUACAAGAAAACUUUUUAAAAAUCAUUCUAAAAUAACAAGGUACAGAAUUCCAUGUUCAUUGAUAACUGGUUCAAUUCAGUGCUUUAACAGUUCACUUCCUUUUACAAAGUUUUGUAAACAACACCUGCAUCACGAUGAUCAACAGAAACUUUUUACAAAAUGUUAUGAUAAGCAUAUAAAUAGAGCAAAGUGUCCUGGUUCUAAGUUAAAUAUUUUUCAAGAUCAGCAUGUUUUAGUUAAAAAGAAAAAAAAGACGUUAAAACCAAAGAAAUCGAAGUUAAAUGAAAACGAAUCUGAACUUAACAAAACGGAAGAAAAUUUGUCAGAUUUAAAUGAAAGCUUUUCCUCAGAAACAUCUAGCGAUUCAUAUACAUCAUCAUCAGAAAGUGAAGAUGUUGAAGAUGGGGAUGGUGAUAGUUCGGCAUCUGAAGACGCUUUCCACCUUCCACCUGCUUCUCUAUCAUUUGCUAAUGGGUGUCGUAUGGACGAGGAUGAAAAUUUGUUUAGAAAUGGUAAUUGUGAACUUGAUGAUGAAGACGAUGAGCUAAUGUGUUGUUCUAAUGAAUUUUCAUUUAACUCUAAAGUCCCAAGGGAGCUAUCAUCUCCAACACUUAAUCAACUUUCAACAUCCGAUUUUGAUGUUUCAUUUAACACAUUAAUGGAUUCUGCGCAAUCUUUAGAAAACGAAAGUAAUGCAAUGUCUGGAUCUUUUUUAUCAUAUGAGCAUCCAGAAAACGAACACAGCACUCCUCAAAAUCAUCUUUUGAAUAAAAAAUUAAGAAUAAUAACAAAAAAUCCGCUAGCCUAUAACGCAGUAGAAAAGACAAAAAAUAUUUAUAUGAAAAACAAUGAUAUCGAAUUAAAAAAUACUUCAGCUAAUAGAGUUUUGAAAAGAAAGCAAGAUUUUAACCACCGUUCUUCAUCAGUGAUUACCAAGCCAAUUCAAGUUGAAAACUUCAAUAAAAGAUUUUUAGGGGAAUCAAUGAAUAUUAUGACACCUCUGUGUCACGAUAAAAAUAUAUUUGACGUCACUCAUACAGAAGUUUCCUCUCCGCUUGAAAAAGUCAAUCCGGACAUAUUUUUCUCUUCCGUAUUCCCUUUAACUUCAGAUAAAUGCUAAUUAUAAUCAAGUGAAAAACGCUCAUUUUAAUUCUAGUGUGGUAUGUUUUAAAUGACAACCUAACUAGAAAUUUUAUUUAUUUUAUUAUUUACUUAUUUCAGUCUUAACAGAACAGUACACGCAAAAAUAAUUUUUUUAAGGAUAUCCUUUUUCUUUUUAAAAGUAUAAACAAAUAAAGUUGAACUCUUAAAGGCUAUUUUUUUAUAAAGAUUUUAUGUAUAUAUAUAUGUAGAUACUAGGAUUAACGCAAUUAAAACUUCUUUCAUGUGAUGUAAACAUAUUUUAAACUGAUGACAUGACAAAAA